UCUUCUCAAUUUUUGUCCUUCUCACUUCUUUUCUUUUCAUACACGUUAACACGCUAAUACUCCUAGUAAGAUAAAAUUGCUUAUAAUAAUUUUUUAUAAAUUCGCUCUAACUUUUACAGCUCAGUUUAAUACUAUAAAAUAUUGCUCCUUAUUUUCAUUUUUUUUCUUGUGUUUUAUUAUGGGUAUAUCUUGUUUUUGAGUUUUCUUGCCUUUUUACUGAGUUUAUGUUCAAAUUAGUUGACACCCACGUGAAAUUUUGUCACCUUAUUGCGUAAAACUACCAGUUGCCACUUUUUCAUUUGACUUUUCUUUGUUCCAUUUUCCCAUGUUAGUUCCAGUUUUUUUCCAUGCUUAUCCCAAUUUUGUUCCUUUUUUAACCGCAAAAAGUUGGUGUUUUUCUACCAGAGAAAACAUCAAAAUCUUUUUCUAGAAAAAGUUCCUUUGGAGGUUUUUUAAUUACAGAGAGUUUAUUUGGUAUUUUGGCAAGAGGGGCAAAAAGAGUUUCCAAGAAUUUUGCUUUGAGAAAAAAUGCUCAAGUGUUUUUCUUGUUUCUUUCUUUCCCAUAGUUGAGUUAUCCUAAUUUUGUUCCCUUUUCAGCUGCAGAAAGUUGGUAUUUUUCUACUAGAGAAAACAUAAUAAUCUUUUUUUUUUUUUUCUUUAAAAAGCUCUGUUGGAGUAUUUUGUUCAUACAUAACAGUAUAUUUGGUAUUUUUGGCUAGAGGGAAAAAAAGUUUCAAGAUUUUUGCUUUGAGAAAAUGAUUUAGUGUUUCUCCAUUUUCUUGAUUUUCCAUGCUUAUCCUAAUUUAGUUCCUUUUUUAGCUGCAGAAAGUUUGUAUUUUUCCAAUAUUAAUCAUCAAAAUUUUAUCUUUCUCUAGCUACUCCAUGUUAAUUGACUUGAUGUAAGCGUCAGAAGCUUAAAAGAACACAUCAAAAUCUGUUUUUUUAGCCCUCUAGGGGUGUUUUGUUUUUCAUACAGAAACAUUAUUUUUGGUGUUUUGGAAAGAGAGAAAAAGUUUCAAGAUUUUCUGAAAAAAAUCAAAAUUUUGAUUUUAGCCUUCUUGGGGUGGUUUUUUUCUUCAUACAGAAACAACAUAUUUGGUAUUUUGGAAGAGGGAAAAAGUUUCAAGGUUUUAGCUUUAAGAAAAAUGCUGAAGUGUUUUUACAUAUUCAAGGAUAAAUCAAGGUCCCGUAGAGGGGAAUCAGCACCAGAAUUGAGUAAUGAAAGUAGGAGAAGUGGUAAUCCAGAAGGGGAUAGGGUAACAAGGUCUACAGGUUCAGUAUCAUCUGCUCGAAGCAUACCGGAAAUGUAUAGAGAAAGAGAGCAGAAUUUGAGAGUUUUUACUCUCUCAGAGCUUAAGGAGGCUACAAGGAAUUUUAAUAGAAUGUUAAAGAUUGGGGAAGGUGGUUUUGGUAGUGUAUAUAAAGGUUCCAUUCAGCCUCCUAAUGGGAAGGGUGAUCCUCUUAUUGUUGCCAUUAAGAAACUCAAUACACUUGGAUUACAGGGCCACCGACAAUGGAUUGCAGAAGUUCAAUUCCUUGGUGUCUUGGAGCACCCUAAUCUUGUUAAACUUCUAGGAUAUUGUGCUACAGACGGGGAAAGAGGGAUUCAACGCCUGUUGGUUUAUGAAUACAUGCAAAAUAGGAGCUUAGAGGAUCAUCUGUUCAACAAAGCUGUACCUGUAGUUCCUUGGAGUACGAGAUUGAAAAUUAUACUGGGUGCCGCGCAAGGGAUGGCUUAUUUGCAUGAGGGACUAGAAGUCCAGGUGAUAUAUCGAGAUUUCAAGUCAUCAAAUGUGCUUCUGGAUGAUGAUUUCAAUGCAAGGCUUUCAGAUUUUGGGCUUGCAAGGGAAGGGCCAGCUGGUGACCGCUCUCAUGUGUCUACAGCGCCUGUGGGGACUUUAGGAUAUGCUGCCCCUGAAUAUGUUGAAACUGGACAUCUAACUGUUAAGAGUGAUGUAUGGAGCUUUGGAGUUGUCCUCUAUGAGAUCCUCACUGGCAGGCGAACUUUGGAAAGGAACCUUCCUGUGAUGGAGCAGAAGCUUCUCGAUUGGGUAAAACAAUUUCCUGUUGAUAGUAGAAGAUUCAGCAUGAUAAUUGACCCCAGGCUUCAAAAUGAUUUCUCACUUAUUGCUGCUAAGAGAAUUGCAAAACUGGCUGAUAGCUGCUUAAUCAAGAGCGCCAAAGACCGGCCAAAAAUGAGUGAAGUAGUUGAGAUACUGACGCAGGCAGUACAAGAAUCACAAGAAACAACUUCUAUUCAAACCACCGGUGCAGGUCCGUCGAGGCCUACACAACUUGCCUCACCUAAACAACUCAAAAAGAAGGCCAUUGCUGAAACUGCUAGACAAAUGAGCCCCUUAGCUCAGGCUUGAAUGAUCAACAUACCGGGGAUCAAGUCCGUCUCAAAAUUGAGCUCCUUAUGCACGAGAUGAGUAAAUUUUUUUCUAUAGAUAUAUAUGUAUAAAUGUCAAGUAAUAUUCUUUGGCAAAAGAAAUGAUCUCCAGUUGUCCCAUUAGUUCUUUUUGAUAAGUAUGUUUACACUAGGAAGAGUUUUGACAAAAGGAAGGGAAUUUUCUUUUCUAUUAUAUGUGAUACAAGAACUUGUAAACUCCCAUAUUUAGGACUUGUACUCACUAGUGUGUGUUUGUGUAAAUAAAUCAUUUGUCUUCCAAGUAA